CAUUCACUAUGUUGCUCUCUCUGCUGCUGCUGCUGCUACCGAUCUGCAGCGCCCAGGCUAGUAGUUUUUAUGGGACAGUGAUGACUUACUACCCAAAUAUCACUAACACAGAUGGAUCUGUCAUGGUGGUCCUACGCUAUAAGCUAAGCUUCAGCACUUGCCAAGAGAAUACCUUGUGGACCUGCGGCAGUGGUAAUUGUGGGAAUGAGAGCUCUUUAGUGCUAAACAUUGUGGACCAGGAGAGCAGCGGAGAGUGGUGUGAGAGAGAGGGAAUCAUGACACGCCGGUUUCCUAGCAACGCUCCGUUUCAGCUGCAGUUGGACGGGGUUAACUGGACAAAUAACAUACAGAACAUCCUUCCGUGGAGGGCUGUGACUCUGGUGGAACUAAGGAACCGGUCGGACAUCGGCAGAGCCAACACAUCACCCCAGACCACCAUCCUGCCAGAUCUGAGAAUUCCUUCAAACUGUCAGAGAGAUUUCAACCUGUUGGCAUUUGACCCUGACGGAGAUGAUGUUAGAUGCAGAUAUGGAAACUCAGCACUGUUUGAGUGUGACUCGUGCACCCCCCCGUCUGUUCUCAGUGCCUCGUCAUCCUGUACUCUGUCAUUCAGCAGCACCCUGAGCAGUAAUGAAGGUGCGUACGUCGUACAGCUGGUGAUGGAGGACUUUCCCAGGCAGACUAUCACCCUGACUCAAACCAACGGGUCGCAGACAAUCAUAACUACCAACAAUGCUAUCAGCAAAAUACCUGUCCAGUUUGCUUUAAGGGUGGAUCCUGCGGUGCCAUCUUGCACAGCGGGACUAUAUCUGCCCAAACUCCUGCCUCCAACCCCAGCCAACGGAGAUCAGCUGUACACCUCUGUCAAUCAGACUAAGGAAAUCAACAUCAGUGCAGAGGCAAAUGUCUCCACAAUUUCUGAGCUGCUGUUCAGCGGACCAAACAAUAUAGUCCAGACUACGUCAGGAACAGGACAGUACACCCUGAGAUGGACGCCAUCUGAACAAGAAGAUGGAGAAAGCCACCCGAUCUGCUUUGUUGUCCAGGCAGUUUCCAAGUCAGUCACUUGUCCCAUGAACCUUACCCUAUAGCAAUGUAUAUGGAAAACUAUGAUCUGUGUUUCUUCUAGCAAAGGUGUUUUACCCUAUUAAUGCAUACCAAAAUAUUAUGUCUGUAUAAAUAUAAUGUAAGAAAGGAGGUGUGGGAAUAAAUGCUGUCCUAGAUUUCUUAAAAGAGAAUGUGGAAUGUUAUCAGUUGCUUAUGCAGUUACUUUUUCCUUAAAAAUCCACUUUUGACAUUACUUCUUGUGGUCUUAAAUAUAGGAAUAUUAAGGAAUAUUUUCACAUUUUCGCAAACCGGUACAUUCAAUUUCUUGCACAGAGUUUAAUGAGAAGACUGAUUUCACUCUCUGUACAGAUGAAUACAGAAGUCAGCUAUCUUAGCUUAGCAUAAAGACUGGAAGCAGGUGGAAACAGCUAGCCUGGCUCUGUCU